GUCAGUCGCGCUCAGUAGCGGCAGCAGCAUCGUGUCCUCUACAUGCAGGCAUCCACGCGCAGCCCACUACAAGUCUUCUAAGCGUUUUCAUUUGGUUUUGUUGCGAGCAGAACGAGAAAAACAACAACAACAAGAAGAAGAAUUGGAAUCCAUUUGGACUUGAUGAUAGUCUACAAGUUGAGCAGAAUAUGAUUUGAAAGUAACGAACAGGAUGGAUCGCCGCUUCCUGCAAACGGUUCUUGCCCUCAUGCUGUUGUGGUCCCUGAGCGGGUACCAUGUGCACGGCCUGUGUGAAAAGUCCUCAGAGUCUUCGAAAGUCAACUUGUCAGUCAACCACCAGCUCGCGACGUUCACCGCAGACUUCCCCAUCCAGAAUAUGGUGACGCUGGACGGCAUUGUUUACGUGGGGGCCGUGAAUAGAAUCUAUGCCCUGGCCCCAAACCUCACCAAGCUGUCGGAGUACCACACGGGUCCUGUGCUCGCCAACGAGACCUGUGGAUAUGGCACCGCCAGCAGAAGCAGAGUGGAUAACCACAACAUUGCCUUGGUGGUGGAGAACAUGUACGAUAAAGGCUUGUACAGCUGCGGCUCAGCAGACAACGGGGUCUGCCGCCGACACGUCCUGGAUGAUGACAUCAGCCCUAAGACUGUGGACGAGGAGGUGUACUGCUUUGCGGACAAGGUGACGCUGGGCAGAGGUCAACCUAGCGAGCCAGAUGUAGUGGUCAGUCCCUCAGGCUCUCAGGUGCUCAACGUGGAGAGCAAUGUGAUCAAGUUCUUUGUGGGAAACUCUGAGAUUCCCGGUGUGGGAAGUCCUCGGAAUGGUUCCAGUCAUCCUCACACCAUGUCCCUGAGGAAGAUGAAGACGAGCCAGAAUGGCUUCACCUUCUUCUCCAGCCUCUCCCACAUGGACCUGAUCCCGUCUCUACGUGGAAAUUACUACUUGCGCUAUGUGUACUCCUUCCACAGUGGACCUUUCACCUACUUCCUGACUGUGCAGCAGGUCAGCAGGGACACGCAAGCCUUCCAUACUCGAAUUGUGCGCAUGUGCUCCUCGGACAUCGUGAUCCGCCGCUACGUGGAGCUGCCGCUGGAGUGCAUCAGCACCGACAAGAGGCGGCGGCGCUCGACAGAGGACAUGAAAGUGUUCAACCUGCUGCAGGCGGCCCACGUCUCCAAGGUGGGUGACGACAUGGAGCUGCAGAGGCACCUGAAGGUGGAGGAGGGCGAUGACGUGCUCUUCGCUGCCUUUGCUCGCGGAAAGCCCAACUCCACUGAGCCCACCGCCAACUCGGCCGUCUGCGUCAUGAGCAUCAAGCACCUCAACAGCAUGUACAAGCUGUACAUGCAGAAGUGCAACACAGUUGACCCGUAUCACUUCACCGGCUCACACGACAAGUCCUGCUACAAUGUGAGCUCGUCAGACGACUGCGACCCCCACGAGGGCAUCCACGAAGGCAAGGAGGGCAAGUACCGUCUGCAGGUGACCCAGUUUGUGCAGAGGUUGGAGUACUGGCACAAGGAUCUGACUAAUACCCUGGUCACCUCCAUCAACGUGGUGCCCGUAAACGGGCGUUCCGUUGCCUUCCUGGGCACGGCAGAUGGACGUCUCAUUCAGGUCCGCUUCUCCAGGUUGGCCUCCCCCCACGUCAACAUGCGCUUGGACUCGCAGCCCGUGUCGUCCACUGUGGUGUUACAUGAUGUGGAUGGUGGCGGCUCGGGCGGAGCUCUGCUAUUGGCUACUGGGAACAAGAUCACCAAAGUGCCUCUGGUCGGCCCUGGCUGCGAUCAGCUAACCUCCUGCACUUCCUGUCUGCUGUCGUCACGGGUGACGGAGUGCGGCUGGUGCGACGGCCGUUGCACCAGAGCCCAGCAGUGCCCCGCCCCCUCCGUAUGGACGCAGGACUACUGCACGCCUGCUGUCACCAAGGUAUCUCCAUCCUCUGGGCCGAUCCGAGGUGCCACCGUGGUGACAAUUUGCGGCCGCAACUUUGGCUUUGACAAGACGGAGAGCUUCAAGGCAUCGCUGGUGAGCGUAGAUGUGGCCGGCGCCCCCUGCAAGCUUUCUAGACAGGACUACCUCAACAGGUGGAACGAGAUGCAGUGUUCACCCUUCUUCACUGGGAACUUCACCCCGGUGGGCCAUGGCAUCAAGGUCACUAGUGGCCACAAGGUCGCGCACUUGGAGGGAUUCACCUUUGUGGAUCCAGUGAUCCACAAGAUCUUCCCGACGUUUGGGCCCAAGUCUGGAGGGACCAUGCUGACCAUUACAGGAGCCUUUUUGGACACUGGGAACAAACAGGAGGUGACUGUUGGGGAGUCCGCUUGUAAAAUACAAAGCUUAUCGUCCACCAUGCUGACCUGCAAGACGCCCUCCCACGCCGUCCCCUCCAAGCAGCCCGUCAAGUUGACAGUGGAUUCUGUGGAGCGCCAGGCCCCCCUGAUGUUCACCUACAACCAGGACCCCAUCAUCAACAACAUCCGACCCUCACACUCCUUCGUCAGCGGAGGCUGCACGCUAUCAGCUCACGGCUUCUUCCUGCAGUCGGGCCUCCAGCCUCAGAUGGUCCUCACCACGGUCCAGGAUGCCGUGGUCUUCCAUGUGAGUUGUGUCUACGGUGAGAACCGGACCUCUAUCCAGUGCACCACGCCCUCUCUGGCUAAACUUGCCCUGCUACCGCCAGUGGUCACCAAGGUUGCCUUCAUCCUGGACGGCUACUCGACAGAUCAGUGGGAUCUGAUCUACGUGGAGGACCCGCUAUUCCAGGACCCCAAGCUGACCUCUAAGGACAACAAGAGCAUUGUGGAGCUCAAGGGCGACCGCAUGGACAGGGAGGCAAUGAAAUGCCAGGUUCUGACCGUGUCCAACCACAGCUGCGAGACACUAAACCUCGUGGGAAACACUCUGCAAUGCACCGUCCCCAAUGAGCUGCAGGCCGCCACCGCCAAGGGGCUGCAGGUGGAGUGGCGCCAAGCGGAUUCCAUCAGGCACCUGGGCAAGGUGACUCUCGCCCAGGAGCAGGACUACACGGGUCUCAUUGUGGGCUGCGUUCUAGUCAGCCUGCUGCUGUUGCUCCUUGCAACGCUGCUCAUGUGGAGGAGGAGCAAGCGCAUUGAUGAUCUGUCUGAGGUGUGGUAUGAUGGCCGGGGUGACAUCCAGCAUCUGGACAGGCUGGCUAACGCAAGGAGCGUCAGCCCUACUAACGAAAUGGUGUCGCACGAGUCGGUGGACUAUAGAACCACCCUGCUGGAGGAUCAGAGCACCGACAGACCUGAGACAUGCCGUGCAGCCCCCCCUAUGUACGGAAGGGGCAACAGGGAGCUGUUGUCGCCCCAGCUGGGCACACUGGCCCGUGGAAUGGGAAUGGAGGGUGAGUUGGUGUCCCCCCUGCUGAUGGCGCCAGUCCACAUCGACCUGUCCAGUCUGCAUCCAGACCUCCUGACAGAGGUGCAGCACGUGGUCAUCGCCAAGGAACGACUGCUGCUUCACCUCAACCAGAUCAUCGGGAGAGGUCACUUUGGAUGCGUCUUCCAUGGAACCCUACUGGAGCCAGAUGGCCAGAACCAGCACUGCGCUAUCAAGUCUCUCAACCGCAUCACAGAUUUGGAAGAGGUCACUCAGUUCCUGAAGGAAGGUAUCAUUAUGAAGGACUUCAGCCAUCCCAACGUGCUCUCCCUGCUGGGCAUCUGCCUCCCUCCCAAGGGUUCGCCUCUCAUGGUGCUGCCCUACAUGAAGCACGGCGAUCUUCGCAACUUCAUCCGUGAUGAAGGCCACAACCCUACAGUGAAGGACCUGAUGGGUUUUGGACUGCAGGUGGCCAGAGGAAUGGAGUAUUUGGCGAGCAAGAAGUUUGUUCACAGGGACCUGGCGGCCAGGAACUGCAUGCUGGAUGAGAGUUACACAGUCAAGGUAGCCGACUUCGGCCUGGCCCGAGAUGUCUACGACAAGGAAUACUACAGCGUCCACAACAAGAGCGGUGUGAAGCUUCCCGUCAAAUGGAUGGCGCUUGAGAGCCUGCAAACGCACAAGUUCACCACCAAGUCAGAUGUGUGGUCAUUUGGCGUGUUGCUAUGGGAACUGAUGACGCGCGGAGCACCGCCUUAUUCCGAUGUGAACUCCUUCGACAUUACGGUGUUCCUCCUACAGGGGCGCAGGUUGCUACAGCCCGAGUUCUGCCCCGAUGCCCUCUACACAGUGAUGGUGGAGUGCUGGCACCCGAAACCGGAACGCCGCCCCUCCUUCUCCGAGCUGGUGUCUCGCAUCGCCGCCAUCUUCUCUAGCUUCAGCGGCGAGCACUACGUGCUGCUCAACACCACCUACGUCAACAUCGAGAAGAUGAGCCCGUACCCCUCCCUGCUCGCACCUUCGUCAUCCUCUGACCCCGCUUCUUCGUCUUCCUCCUCUUCAUCCGAACCCUCCACUUCCUUGACAUCACACCCCCUCCUUUUUUGCCAUGAGGAGCGAGACUGUUGCGCCUGAAGGAAGGACGCUAGCGUCAGCUACUGUAUGUCCAAACACUGUACAGACGUGCAUUGACCCUUGAACUUUCACCUUCUCAUGCCACUGCCAAACUUCGGACGGAAGUGAUUGACUUCCUUCGUCUGUGGACCAGCAUGCUGUCCAUGUAAAGACACAGGAAAGCCACCAUCUUUGCGUCCUGCUGGUCAUCUCUAAUGUGAAUGUUCUAUGACAACACAGGAACGAAAGUCACCUUGACUUCACGUAUAGAGGCUGUUUACGGUGGUGCAUGUGUGUGAAGUCACUGGAUGCUUCUACUGAGUUCCACAGAACACUUCCAUAGUUCAGGAAAGGUGUGUUCACUGACCGAGGAGGAGAAUGUUCCCAUUAUUCAUGCCAUCAAAAAAACUCUUAGAAAUAACAAAAACAAAAUAGUCCAUUUUAGUUCUGUACGUUUGCUUGAAAAUGCAAAAAUGGUGACGUAAACCAUGGACUCAUUGGAGCGGAUAAACUGCCACUUUGUGCUCACCAUUUCCAAGAUCGUUUGCAUCAAGAGUGGCUUGAUUGGCAGCUGAAGUGGGCGGGGCCAUCGACAGACUGGGCUCAAUGUUUGCAAUGAGAAGGAAAAUGUAUUAUAUUUUUAGAAUGAGCCGUCAUCCGGUGUUGUGUUGUAAAUAAACAUGUUAGCAUUUGUUUGUAAAGGUACAUGUUCUUAUUGUGUCCUGUCAAGUCUACCAUGAAAUUAAAAAAAAAACCUGUUUCCUA